CCCUGUUUACUCACCAGUUGCCUCACCAGUUACCGCCACCUACUCUACUCUCCACUGGUCUUAGCAUUCACCGUCGCCGUCCAGCCAAGCCGUCGCCGUUGCCGUCCAAUCCAUCUUCCAGCGUCGUUCGUAGGCUCUCCCUCCCCGUCUCCUCUUCUCUCUUCUCUCUUCUCUCUUCUCUCGUCGAGUGGUUGUCAGCGCUGUGGUGCUCCAUUCCCCCUGCAUCCUCCACUUCCAGAGUAACAAUGGAGCCUCAGACUCAGGAAGCAUCAAAUAGUCAAAGACACACAAGUGAUCAAAAUGUGCAUAAUGUUAGUGAUCAUGUGGAUGAAGACGUAACUUCUGAUGCGGUGGAUAUGGAUCAAUAUCGCAUAAACUCUUGGGAAGAUAUUGGUAAGAUUGAUUUUUCAAGUCUAUCUAUGAAAAAUAUUUGUCAAUUGCACUUUGCUGAUCUUGGCUUGGCAUUCGAAUUUUAUAAUUCAUAUGCCAAGACGAGGGGCUUCAGUGUGCGAAAGAGUAGGAGUAGAAUAGUUGAUGGAAAAGUUAGAGAAAAAGCAUAUGUUUGUUCUUGUGAAGGGUAUAGAUUAGAAAAAUGGAACCAUAUGAAAAAUCGAGUUAGGGAGCCAAAACCAGAGACAAGAUGUGGUUGUAUGAGUAAACUUCAUGUUUUCUUUGAUGCGGUAAUUGAGAGUUGGGUAGUGAGAGAUUUUUGUGAUGAACACAAUCAUGAUCUUGUUGUUCCAAAGUUAGCAAGAAUGUUAAGAUCUCACAAGAAAAUGACUGAGCCUGACAUUAGUCAAAUGAACCAUAUGAAAGAGGUGGGGAUCAGCAUACCAAACAUAUUUGGGUCAUUAGCUAGCCAGUGUGGUGAGUACGAGAACAUUAAUUUUUCAAUUAAGGAUAUGCACAAUCAAGUUGCGAAGCAAAGAAGACAAUUACCUGAUGAUUUAACCUCUGCAAUGGCUUACCUGGAAAUGCUAGCAGCAAGGGAUCGAAACUUGUUCUAUAGUGUUGAAAAGGGCAGAGAAGGAGUGUUUCGGCAAAUUUUUUGGUGUGAUGGCCGGUGUCAGUUGGAUUACGAUCUAUUCGGAGAUGUGCUAGCAUUUGACGCCACAUAUAAGAAGAAUAGAUACAGAUUGCCGGUGGUAAUAUUCUCGGGAGUUAACCACCAUAAUCAAACCGUUGUAUUUGGUGCUGCGAUAGUUUCGAAUGAGAGGAAAAGCACCUAUGUGUGGUUACUAAAACAACUUCUCAUAGCAAUGAAGGGAAAGAUACCGACUUCAGUAAUUACGGAUGGUCAUCAAUCGAUGGCUAUCGCUAUUCGGGAAGUGUUUCCGAAUGCACAUCAUAGGUUAUGUGCCUGGCACUUGAUGCGUAAUGCAACGAGCAAUAUUCACAAACCUCAGUUUACGAAAAUGUUUACAAAGUUAAUGCUAGGUGAUUACGAAGUUGGUGUGUUCGAACAAAAGUGGGAGGAAAUGGUUGGAUUCUUUGGAGUGGAAGAUCGGGAAUGGAUAGCAGAUAUGUAUGGGAAAAGAAACAUGUGGGCUACCGCUCAUAUCCGAGGAAAAUUCUUUGCUGGGUUUAGAACGACUUCGAGGUGUGAAAGUCUACAUGCUGUCCUCAAAAGAUAUGUUAAAUCACGCCAUAAUUUGACAGAAUUUGUUCAACACUUCCAGCGUUGUUUGAGCUACAUGCGGCACAGAGAGGAUUUGGCAGACUUUAAAUCAUCAACUGGACAACCUGUGAUGCAGACACACUUUCAACAAUUAGAAAGGUCAGCAGCUACCAUUUAUACCCGGCAAAUUUUUAUGUUGUUCCGUUCAAUGCUCCACAAGGCCAGCACUUUGAAGGUAAUAUAUGAAAAAGAAACGAGUUCUUGCAAGAUUUAUCAGGUGUCAAAAUUUUACAAGCCUAACAUGAUAUGGCAUGUGUCUUUUCAUGGAGAGCAAGAUGAAUUUAAAUGCUCAUGCAUGAGAAUGGACUCCAUAGGUAUUCCAUGCAGUCAUAUACUUGCUGUUUUGGGUUUUGUAGACAUUGCAGAGCUGCCAAAAUCAUUAGUGCUGCGAAGAUGGACUAGAAAAGCGAAGGAAGGCAUUAGUGGGUAUGACGACAUGGGCGGCUUGAUGGAGGAUUCCUUGGCUAUCAGUCGGCGUGCAUGUUUGGCACAUUGGUGUAAACAAAUUAUGAAUGAAGGGUGCCUAAAAGGGGAUCUUUUUAAUGAAUCACGAGAUGCAUUGGUAAAUAUACUUUCAUGUAUUAGGGCUCAUAGUGGGGAUAAUAACAUGAUGGAGGGGCAUGCGGAAUACAUGUACGAAGACCUUGCAAAGAAUGGAAGUACUGAGAUAGAGACCACAAGGAAGCCUAAGCAUUGCAGCUACUGUCGCAAGGGGGGUCAUAAUAUUGCUACGUGUUCCAUGAGGAAAAUGGAUGAAAGGACUCCCCAAUUUGAUGAUGACGCUGCGGAGAAUGUUGAUGGUGAAGACUACUCCUUCGUAGAUGCUGAAAGUGAUGAGUAUGUUCACACUGAAUGGUUUGAGGAGGAAGAUGAAUAUUUAGAUUUCUCAAGAUAUUAUGAACAGAGUGGUGGCGAGACUGAGUCCUCAAUGGAUUACGAUUCUGGUGGGGCAAAUGAUGAUGAUGAGGCAGAGUUGUGAACCAUCCGUUGCAACAAUCAAAGAGGAGUUUAACAGCACUUUUUUCUGUUUCUAUUAGUUUUACUGUUGGAACUUAGUUACAUCACUCUGAAUCUUAAAUACUUUAGAACAGAAGAAUGAGUUAUUCAUUUCAGAUAAGGGAUUGUUGUUCCCUCAUUAAUCUGCAACAUGCUUGUGACCUGACUUCAUUGCAUCCUUAUUUGAGCAUAAGCUAUAUUGGUUUAUCUUUAUUUGACAAUAAUUCUCUCU